AUGAAACUAAAAUUUUUAUUUGUAACAGAACCUAAUGUAAUUAAAUGUUCUACACAUGAAUAUCUCAUUUUUACUAAUUGGCAUAGUGUUUCUAAAUGGAAUAUAUCAUGUCCAAAUCAGACUGAAUUAUUUGAAACUAAUCCUCCUCAUUUAAUCGAAGAAACUCAAGUUUAUGUUGCUUGUUUUGAGAGUGAUAUGAUAUUAAAUCCUUAUCUUAUGUUGAAUUAUACAAAGAUGAAAAAAGGAAUAAUAAAAAAUCCAUGUGAAUCAAGCAUACUUUCAUCACAUUCAUUACCUGAUUUGACUGGCAUAGUUAAUAAUACUUAUCAUCAAUAUUCAUUCAAAGCUAAAUGUGUUGAUUCUCAAAUAUUUAUUAAUCUAAGUUCAAUAAGUUUUUCAUCUACAUCUAAUGAAAUACAUACUAUGUAUACAAAAUUUAACACUCAACCAGUGAUUUGUCGAUUUAUGUUCAAUCAAAGUGAACUUGUAAGAAAUAAAACAUGUAUGAUGAAUGCUACAUUGACAGUGAGAAAGUUAUGUUAUUAUGAUCCUCAGUUAAAAACAAUAUCAAAAGAAGUUGAUUGGAAUCUAUUAGACAAUUUUUUCACAAAUCCAUCUUAUGCUCCAUCUCAUUGGCAAACAAAAAAUGGAUACUAUUAUAAUGAUAAAUUAUUGACAACCACUAUCACUAUAUCGAGAUUAAUACCACCGAGGAAACAACUUCAUUCAGUAAGUAGUGAUAUAAGAACAUUAUUCAUGAUCAGUACUGCAUCAUCACCCAAUACUUUUACAGAAUUCGAUACCACAGUUUUAUCAACUAGUAGCCAUAGUCCAACACUAAGCACAUCUAUUAUUAGUGACAUUCUUACAUCAUCAAUCGAAAGUAGUACAUCAAUUAUAACUACGUCUAUACAGAGUAGUGAAUUUCUUUCAUCAACUAUUACAACUACAAAUGCUGAUCAUCUUUCGAAUACUACUUUGGAAACAAUGUCGACAACACAUUUAGAUAUAAGUACAACAACUUAUAUAAAUGUAAACAAUAAUACAACAUCGAAAAAAAGCUCAAAAAGCUCUAAAACAUCGAAAACUAGUACAUCGACAACAUCUGUGAUACAUUUAAAUAAUCUUCCUUCAACCAAAAAGUCAUCAUCUCGAACUAAAUAUAUUAUACUUCUACUUUCUAUAAUUGGCAUUAUUGUAUUGAUUUCAUGUCUUGGUUAUUUUUAUCAAAAUACCCGCAGUAAAUCAUUGUUAGAUCGCAAUGAUAGUGAUGAAUCGUAUGUUUCAAGCAUGACGAGAACUGAACGGGAUCCAUCGAAUGAAUCUGUUGAAAAAUUGACAUCUACACAUACUAUAUCAAAAUUUUUAAUGCCAUUACAACAGCAAGAACAAUCAAAAGGUUCUAGGAAACAGACUAGUGGACUCUUUUUUAGUAAACUAGAUCCAGAUAAUCUUUAA